AUGGGGGACGCGGAGCCCGGGGAGGCUGCGGGCGGCCCGGCGGCGGAGGGGCUGCAAAAGCCGCCUUAUUCCUACGUGGCUCUGAUCGCCAUGGCCAUCCGGGCCAGCCCCGAGCAGCGCCUGCCCCUCAGCGGCAUCUACGCCUACAUCGCGGGCCGCUUCCCUUACUACCGCGGCGGCCCGCAGGGCUGGCGGAACAGCGUCCGCCACAACCUCAGCCUCAACCCCUGCUUCCGCCGCCUGCCCCGCCGCCCCGGUCCCGCCGCUCCCCGCCGCGGCUCCGACUGGGCGCUGGAUCCCGCUUUCCACGACAUGUUCCCGGGGGGCGACUAUCGCCGCCGCCGCCGCCGCUGCCCGCUGCCGCCGCCGCCGCUGCCCGCCUGCCCGCACGGGCCCUGCCCGGCCCUGGCGCUGCCCCGGGGCUACCUCUGUCCCGAGCUGCCCGGCUGGGCCCCCCCCGCCUUCCUGGGGCCGCCCGCCUGGCCCAUGCCCGGCGGGACCGGGGCGGCUCCGCGCCCCGCCGAGCUGGAGCUCGGGGUUCCCGGCGAGCUGGGGGGGAAGCUGCCCUCCUCCUUCCCCUGA